AAAUUUCCAAACGGCCAAAUGUAAACGCCGUGAUUUUCAGCAUUUUCAAUUUCAUACUACGCCAACCGAAUAGGAAUACCUCCUGAGCCACCGCCGGAGUUUUUAAAAACUACUAGGUAGAGGCAUCCAAAUCCUAUUCGUUUCUUCCCCGGCCAAGAGGCAUCCAAAUCCUAGUCCCUCGCCGGAGUUUUUAAAAACUUGUUUUACUCAAAUUUUACUCAAAUUGUAAUAUUUAAAUCCUCUACCUAACAAGUUGAUUAGUUAAUGGUAGAGUACAUUCAACCGUUAUUGUGAUUACUCAGCGGACGGGUAGGCCUCAUGCCUAGGGUUUGGAGCGGUGAUUAUCGAUCGUCCGCGAUUUUCUCUCCUCCUCGCACAACGAUCGAGGCUUGAACAACAGCAGCUUCGGCGAUUGAGCCAUAUGUUUCGUGAGAUCAAUCAUUUACCGAAUUGAUCCAUGGCAAGCGCUUGGGAGAACGGAGACAACGCUGGUGGCAUUGAGGCGCUAGCAAAGGUUUACGGUGAGUUGGAUAUUGAAGAAUCCAGUUUUCAAAUGAUUGGGUUGAUGAUUUUGGCUUUGAUGAUGGUCGAGAUGGGAGCGGCACCAACAGUGUUUGUCCCGGGUAGAACGCUAGAGGUAUGUGUCCCGAUUUUACGACAGGUCUUUCAUUAGUUGGGAUUGAAGGCAGAUGGUGAAGCGGUAUUGGUCCGCGCCCCUCCUGAGCCACCGCCGGGGAAGAAACGAGUGACUAUGAUUUGGAUGCCUCUUUUAGUUAGUUUUGAUGUUUUCUUUUAUUAUUUUAGCGUUCAUCAAUUCCGGAUUAAUUUCUUUGUGAACACUAGUGAUAGUCUCCGUUGCAGUUUGGUUCGGAUUAGAUUUGUCAGUGGAAGCGAUAAGGCUUGUUUGGCCGUUAAAAGCUUCGAAGCUCUCACUACAUGGUUCACGAAUAGUCUCGCUCUUUGCGGGGUGGUCUAUUCUAUGUCUAGCCAGAGAAUGGGAAAGCCUUUUGGCUAUGCAGAGCCUCAUGAGGAGGUUUUAGCGAUAUUUGGUUAGAUGUACUUCGAAAAGUUUGCUUGAUUUAAUAUAAUUAGUUUCCUUUCAAAAAACAAGUUAAUUAGUUUUUCCACGUUGAAAUAA